AUGGAUCCGAAAAUACAAGAAUUGUUGGCUGAACUCGAGCGAGAAAGAGCUGAACACAAUGGCGUCAAGAUGCGGAAGCUGAAGCGAGAAGCGAAAGAAGGCGACGUGAAGAAGCAGAAGCUCUGGCUGAGCUCAGAGUCAUCAACACUGCCUCUCUUUUUACAUGCCUGCCAUGAAUUGUUAGUCGCGAUCGAGGUCGUGACAGACCCUACUCGAACAACUCAAGGCGCGGUAACGAGACCGACAAAUCGGAGGGUUCCAUCUCACAUCACAUUGUGGGAAACAUUCACUGAGGAGCAAAUGAAGGUGUGGCACAAGCUCGAUCAGCAUCCCCAUUUCUUGACAGAAAAGCUCUUCCCCUCCCUACAUCAGCUCGACUACGUCCGCCAACUCAUCAGUCCAAUUUCCUCAGAGUGGGAUCUUCGGUACUAUGAACGGGAAACGGUAGAAAAUCAAGUGCGGGCCAUAAUAGACCGAAUAUAUGAGAAUGAUGAGCUUAAGAGGGCAUUCGUAUUGCGCGGAUCGAUUACCUUUGAAAGCCAUGCUAACCUUGGGCUUUCAACACGGGCGGCUGAUUUGAACCCGGGUGAUCAGCAGUCGUCCAUUGAAUCCAUCGUCGGGACUGAAUCAAGUACCGGAAAGAGAGUGGGCAAGAAGAAUAAAACAAAGAAGAGGGAGACCACGAUGGUCACGGGAGGACAGGCAGAUCGAUUCUGCAUCUAUCGCCAGGAUGGCGAUGAGCACAUCCCAGCGCUCGCUAUCGGGUACAUUCAUCCUUCCAAAGAAGUAAUUGGUAAGGACCCAGAUGAUUCUGAUUUCUGCUCGAAGUGGUUAGUCGCUGCCGUCAUCACACAGCUGUUCUCCUACAUGGUUGCCAAGGGAGUCCGGUACGGCUAUGUGUGCACCGGAGAAGCCUUUAUCUUUCUACACAUUCUUGAUGAUCCGUCAUCCGUCAUGUGUUCCGUCUGUACUCCCAGCCUAGAUGUUGAAGAAAUCAAUGAUGACAGUCUCCGUUUAACCGCCGUCGCUCAGGUACUAGCAUUUACCUUAAGAGCUCUAGAGUCCCCUCCUGCCCCGCAAGAAUGGUAUGAUGCCGUCGCGGAACUUGGCAUCUGGCCGGUUGAAUACUCGGAUAUCCUCGAGCAAACACCUCCAAGCGCUCGACAGAAGCAUGCCUCACCUCUGUAUCGGGGCCGACGCCCUUCCAAUCUUCCUCCUUUUCAGAUGACAUUACGACCCAGAUGUCGGCCACACGCAGAUAUUGUACCUCAAUCAAGAAGCCCUUCCCCCUCAAUGUCUCCGCCUCCAUCUCCGUUGUCGCCAUCCGCACGCCGUGGACGAACCGCAAACGCUCGAGCCCGCUCUAACCCGGAUCAAAAAUCUGGUAAGAAAGGGCAAUCCAGCGAAGACAGCGAUGUCAAUUGGAUAGACCAUGCUGCUGAACCACCAAAGAUCAAAAGCCAACCUUACUGUUCCCAGCAGUGCUUGCUGGCUCUACGAGACGAUGGUCCGCUCGACACCUCCUGCCCGAACUAUCUCACUCACCUUAAGCGACGGAUCCAGCCAGCGGAGUUUCGUGCUCUUAUCCGAGAGCAGCUCUCCAGGGACCGUGGCCUGGAUGCCAACUGUCGCCCUCUCUACAAGAAGGGAAGUUGUGGGGCAGCUUUUAAAAUCCAUCUUUUGUCGCAUGGCUACACUCUACUCGCAAAGGGCGUCGAACGCAACAAUUUACAUAAACUCGAACAUGAAAACAAAGUAUACCAUAGGCUUCACGAUAUUCAAGGCAACUACAUUCCGGUUUGCCUCGGGAUUGUUGUGCUUGACCCAAAAUACCCGUAUUACUAUGACGAGGGAGUUUAUACCCAUAUGCUCCUUCUGAGCUGGGCGGGAAAGCCCAUCUCCGAAAUUAUGAAAUCGGAUAAUUCGGCAUGCGUGAUUGAGAUGACAUCAGAGUCUCUUCAAGCGAUUCACCUUGCAGGUGUACUGCACCGUGAUGUCGAGCCACGAAAUAUUUUAUGGAAUGAGGGCUGCAAUCGCCCUAUGCUUGUAGAUUUUGAACGAGCUGAGAUGCGAAAUGCGCUAUCUGCUAUAUCACCGAACCUUGGGCUAAAGAGGAGAAGGCUUAGGAAGAACAGAUCUAUCUUUUCUAAAGAACUUUCAAAAGCUCAGAUCAGCCUGGAGCGCUGUGGGGAAUUGCUCCAUCAGAAUUCCGCCUCAAAGUUCAAGGAAUAG